UCCAUCAGAGCUCAGAUAACUUUGGAUCAGUCUACACGAACCUGUUGUUAUUUAUCGAAACAUGUUUGAACUGGGCCCUUAGAGAAGAUCAAAGCGUCCUCGCACCUCGUUCUCUCCAUCGAGGAUGAAGACUCUGCUUUGACUCCGCAGCGACAAGAACCAGCGCCGUCCUUUCAUCCGCUUCACUCUCAAACCCAAACCGUCCGGACCGAGUCGAAAUGCAGCAGCCUGAAAGUCAGCGGACAACUCGGGCGACGGCGACAGAAGUUCAUCCUCCAGAAGCCCAGUUCGUGCGCCGCAGACGGACCGCCCUGGGUGUGACCGGCUUCCUGCUGGCUCUGGCUCUGGUCGUGCUGGCCGUGGGUCUGAGCUCGUCCACUCGCACCGACAACGUGGCCGUGGCCGGGUAUUACCCGGGCAUCAUCCUGAGCUUUGGGGCGUUUCUGGGUGUUGUCGGCAUCCACCUGGACGAAAACCGUAAACCCAUGCUGGUGGCAGCGAUCAUCUUCAUCAGCUUGGGAGUCAUCGCGUCCUUCUUCUGUGCCAUCAUAGACGGGAUCAUCGCCACGGAGUUCAUUGACAUAAGACCCCUGAAGGAGAACAUGUGUGACUAUUACAGCAGCGGAUCGGGCUACUAUUUAGACAGCUACUACAAUGAGGUCAAGUGUCAAUCCAACAACGACGCGUGCGAUUUGAAAGUUAGGAGCAACACCUGCUACUGCUGCUACCUUUACAACUGUGAAAGGUCAGAAGAAACCAAGUACUACAUGUUCACUGGGGUCAGCAGCUGCUGGGAUGUGGUCCACCUGUACCGGCUGCUGUGGGCGUCGGUGGUGCUCAACGUGAUCGGCUUGUUCAUGGGAAUCAUCACCGCCGCCAUCCUGGGAGCGUACAAGGACAUGCUCAAGAUGGCUCCUCAGAGGGCUCCCAGCCCGGCUCCACCGCCCCACAUCAUGUACAACCCCACGCAGCACAUGCUGUCCUACACUGGCCUCUGUCCUCCGGGCCAGGCGCUGCCUGCCUACCCCAACUACCUCAUACCCACACAGCAUACCAGCAGCUUCCCGGCAUCUGCUACGCCCCAGCUGCUCCCCGAGGGAGGCCCCGCCUCCGGCACCUGCCUGUCUGAGGAGAACCAGCAGCCCUCGCUGGCUCCCAUCCCGCCGCAGCCUCUGGGAGUCACCCAGGAGCCAGGAGGCUACAUGCUGACUCCCAACGCUCCGGUGCUCUACGGAGCCGCCUACAACCCCUUCGAGAAGCCUCCACCAUACGCCUGCUGAGUUUGUUUGUUGCAAGUCUUGAUCCAUUCAACCUGAAUGUAGUAAAAGACAUUUCAGAGUGAACCUCACAAUUACUGAUUUAAAUGCUGUGUUUCUCGUGUCUGAGACAGAUUUACAGCGGAAUAGUUUAAGUCAAUGGACGUGAUAUUAGUUAUUUCAUGAGAAUUAAUUAGAGGAAACACUUUAGGACUUUUUGCUGAUUAUUAUGCGAGUAUAAAGUUUGACUCAACUGUCAUUAAGCUACAAUCGACAAACGUUAAGCUUAACCUGCUGAAACCCUAGAAAAGCUCUGUCCAAAGAUGAGAACCAUCAUCUCUGCACUGCAUCAUUCUACGGGUUUAAUACCUAAAUCUGUCUCCUUGGUCUUUAGCCGCUCACAUACGUAUGUUCAUACAGCUGACACGUGUUUCUGUUACCACUUGUGUAGAUUGCAGUUGGUUUGGUGUAUUGUCUCUCUAUAUCAACUACUGUAAAAGUAGCUAAAGGGCUUUCGGGAAACGAGAACUGGAGAGUAAAUAUACUGGUGUUGUUGCUACUAAUCUAUGUUUGUGCAAGUAAUUCAUUGUGCACUGUAUAUAUUAUGGAUGAUGCUUGUUUACUGUCUGUGGCUGCUACUACUAUGAAAUAAAUUAUAUAUAAAAGAA